AUGCCGUCAUACCUAAUCACGGGAGCGUCGCGAGGCCUAGGAUUCGAGUUCCUUCGCCAGCUCUCCGACCGCUCAGACUCAAUUGUCGUUGGCCUUGUCCGCGACAAGCAGGUGGUUGACCAGAAGAUUGCUUCCGUCCUGCAAGGAAACAACAUACACACCGUUGAGGCCGACCUGACCGACUACAGUUCACUCAAACGAGCUGUCGAAACCGUAAGCAAGUUGACAGGCGGUACCCUCGAUUAUGUCUUCGCCAACGGGGCGUAUAUAAAUGAUGAAUAUAGCUACGUGACCGCGAGCAAAAUGGCUUUCGAUCCAGUGGAAAUGGAGAACGAGCUCAUGUCGUUGUUCAAGACGAACGUCAUUGGUAACAUGCAUCUAUUCUCCCUUGUCAUGCCACUCGUGCUUAACGGCGACACCAAGAAGAUCGUGGCAAUCUCGAGCGGCCUUGCGGACUUAGACUUGAUCAGCAGUGCGCAGUACCGCCGUGAUGGGGUGUUGCUCAUGAGCAUCUGUCCCGGAGUAGUUAACAUCAAAGAAAACAACGGUGUCAGUGCGGAUCAGCUGGAGGCUAUGAACGAUCUGGCCACAAAGUUCAUGGAGUGCAAGCCCGACUGGAAUGGUCCUUCGACGCCACAGGCUGCUGUCACUAGUGUUCUGGAGGUUGCAGAGAAGGCUAGCAUCGAAACGGGAUUUCCUGGGUCAUUUGUUUCGCACCACGGAAACAAGCAAUGGCUCUGA